AUGAAAACAAAUGAAGAACUGUUACGAAAGGAAGAAGAGGACAUUUCCAGAACAAUAGCCCUAUCGCUAGAAGAAUAUCACGCUGCGCAAAAUAAAAAUAAGGAUAAAGAUUUUGAAGUGGAUGACGAGAACGAUGAAUUACUGCAGGAGGCAAUACGAUUAUCCAUUUUGGGGUGCAAUAAAGAAGAGAACAGAAGUGACGAUUGUAAUGACAGUUACUACGAUUUAGUAAAAAAAAAUUUUGAUAAAAUAAGUUAUUACUUAUGUAAUAGUCAUGUGUCUACAAAGAAUGAGCAUGAUGUAAUAGAUAAUAAAAUAUUCUGGAAUGAUAUAUAUAAACAUUAUAAAAAUAUAUAUAUAAUUAUAAGGGAUUAUAUGAUAAAUUUAAAUAAAAGAAAUGAAAAGUUGAAUGAAGAACCAAAUGAUUCAACAUCAAGUAGAGAAGAUUAUGAUAGUGAUGACUCAAGUGAUUAUAGUAAUUUAUCCUCACUUUCUUGUUGUUCCUUAGAACAAAUUAAAAAGACAUAUAAAAAUAUAAAUUAUACUACUAAAGAUUAUUGUAAAUGGUUAAGAAAAGGAAAUAGAAGUAAAUGUUUGAACGAUCAUGUAUAUGUAAAUUAUUUACUAAAAGAGAUGAAAUCUUUUGAUGAUUCAAAUACUGUUCAUAAUUUAGUUUUUGGUGUUAAUAAUUAUAAAUAUUCAAAUAAGCUUGAUAUAAAAAAAUGGUGUAAUCAUAGUAUUUCGUUCUAUGAAAAUAAAAAUAUUAAUUUUGGACUUCGUCAAUUUUUAAGUGGCCCAUGUGGUCUUAUAUCAAGUAUUCAAGGAUAUAUUAUUAUUAUUUUGUUGUUUAAUUAUAAAUAUCAUUUUUUGUGGGAGAACAAUUAUUUUAAUAUUUUAAAAACAAAUAAUGAUUUUUUAAAUUUUACAAAUAAUAAUCAAAAUUAUAAAAAAAAUUCUACAGAUAUUGUUAACACUGCAAAUCUUGUCAGCAGUGAUGGUAAGGAUAAUGUCUAUUUGAAUGGACAGUCCUUAUCAAAUGUUAAGGGAAAUGAUAUAUCCAUUGUAACCGAACAGAAGGAUGACAAUCAGGUGAAAAAUUGCAGCAAUCAGCAGGAGGGGGAAAGGGACGAGCUUAAAGAUGUACUGAAGAAGGGAGAUGGUACCGGGGUGAGUGGCAUGAUAAGCGGCAGUAUAAAGAGUGGCUGUAUAAACGGCGGAGAUAAGACUGCCGAAGAUGAGUAUGACAAGGAAUUUUUGCAGUUAGUCCAUGAGAAUAUAAAAGAUUUGAAGUAUUACUCGUUAGUGGAAUCCUUGGCAUAUAUAUUAUACCAGUGCACGGAAAAAUCAUACUAUAUAAUAGCUUUCUUAUUGCCUGAGUGUUAUGAUUUCCCAUUUUAUAUGAACAAAAAAAGUUCGGAUGAAAACAUUAUAAGGGAUUUAAAGAAAAUAAACAUAUACUACAGAGAAUUUAGUAACAUAAAAGAUGUAAUAAAGUUUUAUCUUGAGCAUUUCAUAAUAUUUUCUAGCUCAACAGGUGUUAUAUCAUUUCUAUACUCAGUAAUAUUAACAAGAGGAAUAAAUAAUAUAAAGAAUGAUAUGGAUGACACGAAUCAUCCCUUGAUAGGUAUAUAUGGUCAUUGUUCUCAAGAGUUAGUGAACCUACUUCUAACCGGUAGAGCUUGUUCUAAUGUGUUUGAUAACAACAGUGUGAUAAAUACAUUUUCAACGAACGAUGUGGAUAUAAGUAUGUACGAAGGUAGUAGCAGCCCCUAUUACAUGAACAGCGCUAAUACAAAUACUAAUGCGUGCACAAAUGUAGGUGCUAAUACGAACACAAAUGCAUGUACAAAUACGAGUACUAAUAACAGCAAUAGUGGUAACAACUGUAUGGGCGAUUCGAAGUUUUCCAAUAGUAUAGCAACUGCUCCAAGAACAUCGUUCGGGAAAAAUAAUAUAAUACUUAAAGGAAUAAACAAAAGACCACUUAUAGGUUUACUAACAGAUUUUGAAGCUUUUAAAUAUUGUGAAGUUGGUAAUUAUUAUAAGUAUCCCAUUUAUCCUAUAUGGGUCAUUAGCAGUUCGAAUCAUUAUACUGUUUUGUUUUCAUUAAAUAUAAAUAAUUCUAAAUGCACUAGUGAAGAAUUGUUUUUAGAAAAAUUAAAUAAAAUAUGGAGAAAAUAUGAUAAGGAAAAUAAUAAAUAUAUAUUAUCUCAUUUUAUUCCUCAAUUUAUUGAUGAUCUUAAUUUAAAAGAAGAACAUAGACAUAUGUUCGACAGUUUUGUAAACGAUCUAGAUAUAUUAUUAUACUCAGAAUUCAAAUCUUUUUAUUUACAACUAAAACAAAAAGAUAUAAAUGAUUUAAAAGAUUCGGACCCCCCCAAAGAGAAAUAUUUUUAUUUAUAUGAUGCACAAGAAACACCAGAAAAAUCGAUUCAUUACUUUCUUUUGAAGGAAGUAGAUCAUGAUGUAUCACAUGAUAACCACUUGAAAUUUUUCAAUACCCGAUGGCCUAAUAACACUGUUGAGAUUUUGAAUAAAGCCAAAAAGUCUACGAAGCAUAAAUACCCCGGUUAG